AUGGGCGUUCAGCAGAGGUCCUCACGGUAUGCCAAUCUCAGUGAACGCUUCGGGCGUGCUUAUGGAUCCUCAGAGGAGCAGCAUGAUGUCUGGAACAGAACGCAAAAUGUCGCCAUGCCAGGAAUCAGAUUCGCAGGCAACGCUGCUGCGUACCGCAUCAUAUGGGUUCCGAAGACCCCGGUUGACGCGCGGGAAGCGCGCCUACUCCUGGGACCACAAGGUCAGCAGGCGCUUGCCGCUGAGAAGAAGGACAGCCGCCGUAACUGCGACCGACAGCAGCGAUGCACGGAGGAUGUGAUUCACGAAAGCAAACAGACGCGUUGGGCAGCGGGCACUUCAUCAACACUCGCCGUCUCUGGCACUCAUGGACGCCCUCAGUCUUCCUUCACUUGUCCUAUAUGCUUCCUCCUUGACUUUUUCCAGCUGCGACCUUCCAAUGCGCUUCCCACGGACACCAAACCUCCUGAGAAUCAUGCGAGGCUGAUCUGGAGCCGAUCAUGCGACGAUAAUGGGCGCUUAGGGAGGGCACCGUCGCAUAUAAGAGGUACGCGGUUCUUCGUCGCUAUCCAUCCUCACCACAUCGACAUGUCUUCACCUCCUGAGAACAUCGCGACGGCCCUUCGCACCGCCCGGGUUCUGAGCGCCCUCCUCAAGCCAGGCCUUGAAGAGAUUAUCCGCGCCCGCGACAACACCCUGCGUUGCGCGUGCGGCAAACUUGCCAACGGCCGGGCACAGCCUUGCAACCAACCCAUCUGCAAGGAUUGCGGCAAGAACGAGUGCCCUCGCUGCAAGAAGCCGGCGUCGAAUCCGAACCCGUCGUGCGAGUUCCAUGCCGGUCCAUGCUGCCCGUACUCGCACGGUGGCGCGUACCAUUUCGUUACCGGACAUCGACCUUUGCCCGAGAAUGGCGGGGAAUUGCUGGACGUGACUUUGAAGCAGGCGGAGCAUAUGAACGAGCUUCUUGACCACCUAAUCGUACUCACCAGGGACAUGUAG